GGGCCCAAAGGGGGGAACGAACGGAAACCCCACCACAUCAACCGGUGCUCGGCAGAUCGGCGUUUCUCGAUGCCGCCGGCGCAGGCGCCCUCCGGCGGCGGCGCCGCGUGGCGCCGCCUGCUGCUGCUCCUGACGGUCCUCCCGCUCACGCUCGCCGCUCUGGCCUUCGUGCUCCAGUGGCGCGGCAGCGGCGUCGACGACCCGACCGCGCGCUGGCCCCCGCACGCCUUCCCCGGCAAGGCCGCGCCCGCCCGGCUGUCCCUCCCAUCGUCAGACUGCAGGGACGUCCUCGUUGGCUCCUCCACCCCCUCCUUCCCUUACCUCCGCGGCUGGUCCUUCCCCUCCGACUCGGGCUCGCCCAAGGUGUGCGUGCAGACGAGCACCUCCGCGGGGCUUGAGCAGAUCCUGCCCUGGCUCUUCUAUCACAAGGUCGUUGGUGUCGCGCAGUUCCUGCUCUUCGUGGAGGGGAGGGCGGCCAAACCCAAUGUCGCCGGAGUCCUCGAGUCUAUUCCUGGCGUAAAAGUGGUGUACAGAACAAAGGAUCUUGAGGAGCAGCAGGCGAGGAGUCGAAUCUGGAAUGAGACUUGGCUUUCAGGCUUUUUCUACAAACCUUGCAACUAUGAACUCUUUGUGAAGCAAUCACUCAACAUGGAGAUGGCUAUUGUAAUGGCUCGGGAUUAUGGCAUGGAUUGGAUCAUUCAUCUUGACACUGAUGAAUUACUAUACCCUGGUGGAGCUUCUGAGUAUUCUGUUAGGCAUUUGUUAGCUGAGGUCCCUCAUGAUGUCGACAUGGUUAUUUUUCCAAACUAUGAAAGCAGUGUUGAGCGUGACAAUAUAAAAGAUCCAUUCAGUGAAGUAUCUAUGUUCAAGAAGAAUUAUGAUCAUCUCCCGAAAGAUACUUAUUUUGGCAUGUAUAAGGAAGCAACACGAGGAAAUCCUAAUUAUUUUCUCACUUAUGGUAAUGGAAAAUCUGCUGCACGAAUUCAAGAUCAUCUCCGUCCUAAUGGCGCACACAGAUGGCAUAACUAUGCAAAGAGCCCAAAUGAGAUCAAGUUGGAGGAGGCUGCAGUUCUGCACUAUACAUACACUAAAUUUUCAGAUUUGACAUCUAGACGUGAUCGCUGUGGAUGCAAGCCUACAAAAGAAGAUGUUAAAAGAUGUUUUAUGCUAGACUUUGACAGAGCAGCUUUUAUAAUUGCAUCAACUGCUAGUGAAGAGGAAAUGCUUCGCUGGUACAACGAGCGGGUCGUGUGGAAUGAUAAGCAGCUGAAUCUGAAGCUUAUGAGGAAAGGAGUGCUAACUCGCAUUUACACCCCUAUGGCUAUUGUUCAAGGUCUGCGGGAAUCUGGUGUCUUCACUUCGGUCAUUGCAGGUGGCCAAGCUGCUGUAAACGAGAAACUCUCACCGAAGAAAAUGGAUGCCCAGAGCCAAAAUAUCACUAGACCUGGAAACUUGCCAAUUGAUUUGAUCAGAUCUAGUGAUUCGAAAGCAUCCGCUAGAAAGAUAUUGCAAGCGGCUGAACUUGCCUUCAGGGAUACCGUUGUAUCUGCUGUCCCGCCAUUGUCGCCGCCCGGUCUGGACGAUGAACACAGGCAUCACAGUGAAUAAUGUCAGACAGAAAAAAUCUUUAGCUGGACGUAUAAGGUCCUAGAAAUGGUACUGACAUAUUGCAAAAAAGGGUGCUGACAAAAGGCUUCUUUUUGGCGAUCAAAGGGAUAUGCGGGCAACUUUGAUAGAAAGAUAGAUGGAUAUAUUGCUUUCUUGGGCACAAACCCAAUUUUCAGCGAUUUUGUACAUGGGGUUUACAGUUGUUAACAUGGAGUCUUACGAGAGGUAUCCCAGGACGGAAUUCUUUUCAAAGUUUUCCGGGGACAUGCUGUAACUGUACUGGAUGAUCCCUGCAGAUUGCAGAAUGAGAUUGAUUGAUAUGUCUAGUGCA